AUGUCUCAGUACAACUUCUUCAAUUUUUCGAGCAUCUCGCUCAGUCAGAGCGGGUCUGAACCAUUCGAUUUCAAUGUUACUGAUAGCUACCAUGAACGUCCAAAUGCAAUCAACAAUUUUGAAGGAAGCGUGGAGGAUCUCUUACUCCCCUCUCUGUUUCACCAAUAUCUUAUGCCUGAGCAAGGUACACAGCAAGUCAAUUCCAUUCCCCACCCCCAGGGUGGUAUCGAUGACCUGAAUGAAGGUCCACUGAAUCUCGGCGAUGCCACCUUAAAUGAUCCUUCCCAAGCAAUGGCACAAGCCGCAUCAUUGCUGGCUCCGUACCCCUCCCAACAUUCAGCACAGCUAUGGGACACCGACUUAGACUUUUCAUUUCUAAAUGACAAUCUGGUCGCUACUGUGGGGGACGUUUCGAGCGCACCAUUCUAUGACACGCCGGCUGCAAGGCCUAUGCGCAGCUCAAUUGCAAAAGCUCCCAAUUCAAUGUACUCAGAUUUUGGACACCAUGUGUACGGUCAAUCAUCCGUGUCCAGGAGCGACUUAGUUCAGACGCCGGUUAAUACUUUUGAAACGGAACACGGGACCGAACGUCGUCCUCAUCCUCCGCAGAGGUCUACUUUUCCGAGAGACCUGUUUGCUGGCCCAUCAAGACAGCAAACUGACAUGCCUCGUCACAGGUAUCCUCCAUACAUGGUCGUUCGGAACCAGCCUCACCCAUUGUCAUACCACGGGGAGGAGGGUCUGAGGCACUUGGGAGGGGCGCAAAAUUAUCAAUACAACUCAACUAUGCCGAGUCCUUCUUUUGGAGAGACACGAAAUCAAAAUUCUACGUUGGAGCACAAAGAGCACAACGAGCCACAUGGCUCCGGGUUCGCGCCCGUCGAGCCAACAUUUACCAGGAAUACUGGAUCAUCAGGCAAUGCUCGAAGAUCCGAGCCCCAAACGGAGCAAGGAAGUAGAAGCUUAAUAAAGAAAAGAGGGCCCCGCUCGUACAACAGGGGCGCUAAGAGAGGAGGGAAACGGGCGGAACGCAUAGUGCGUAUAGACAAGCAUGGAAAUGUGGUGUAUAGAGGAAUGAGGCCUGAUCUGUGGACGGAAAACAUCUGUAAUUCGUCGGGAAUGGUGAAAAGCGGUUGGGACGGGGACUACUGUUGGAAGGAAUCGUCAGAUAUGUAUUUAUCUUAUCGCUACAUCUCUUCAGCUUGUAUCUGUUUGGUCACGGCAUGA